AGUGUCAACUGUCAUCACAUCUUUUUUUGAUUGUUGAUUCGGGAAAAUAUUUAUUUUGAAUUGAUAUGGAGGAAUUUAACAUUUUUACUCUAAAGGCAUUUAAGUUAAUGGUGGACAUUCUAAUCAACGUCCUAAAAAAUUUGAAAGGAACCGAUAAACUUGACGGACUACAAUACCUCCUGGUGUCCAUAAAUACAAUCAAGAUAAAAUGGUCACUGUCCCAGCGGGCCAUUACAUCCGGAACAGUCGAAACUCCCGCCACUGAUCGAACGUUGUCGAAUUUUUUCAAAACCAAACGCGACAAUUCAAAACUGAUUUUCAAUGCAAAACAUCUGAACACGCUGUGGAUCAAUCAGUUCUUUCGGCGAACUUUGUCGGAAUUCGUUUUCGACAGUAUAAAUCUGCCCUUCAAAUCGGACCAUCUGCAAAGAACUGUGAAACACAAUUCGGCAGAAAAUGAUCAAAUAGCUAGAUCGAUCACAUCUGUUGGUAGUGCCGACUCGCACAGCGACUCGCCGAAUAAAAGUAAUCCCAAAAGUGUGAAAACGAAGAAAAAACAGCCGUCGUCGUACAAAUGCAUUUUGUGUGAGAAGAGGUACUUGCAACGGAAGCCACUACUCAAGCACUUCUCCAGAUUUCAUGUGGGUUUUUGUUCGGAGUGCGGUGUCAAUACUGGAUCUAAGAUUGAAGACAUCAUCGAGCACAAGAGAAUCAAACAUUCCAAAAAAUUUCCGUUCAUAUGUGACACGUGCGGCGAAGUGUUCAGCCGAAAUCAACAGUUUCAGGUUCACCUAACCAUACACGAAAGAGAUCGCAACAAACCGGCCAAAGUUAUCACGUGCCCCGAAUGCAAUGAACAGUUCAACAAAAAGUAUUUGUAUCGCAAACAUUUGCAACUGACCAAACAUCAGGAUCGAUCAAUGAUUUGCGAACUGUGUGGCUCCCAGUUUAACGAUACCAUCAAAUUGAAUCAACACAUUCGGCGGGUGCAUAACGGUGUGACGAGAAAGUGCCAGUACUGCGAACAAACAUUCGAUCAGAAGUGCAAUUUGGACAGACAUAUGCGGCUGCAUACACAGAUCAAAAAGACUUUCAUUUGCGAACACUGUGGCGAUGCGUACUAUACCAAUGAGGCGUUGAAACAACACACCAUCACAGCACACGAGCGACGGCCGAUGGUCGCUUGCACGAUUUGUAGAAAAGAGUUCAAGAACUCACGUUCCCUACGCAUUCACAUAGCAUCCCAUUCCGAUCAGAGGCCGUUUUCAUGUUCGCAGUGUCCGCAGGCUUUCAAGCUGAAAUCGCAUCUCAGUCGGCAUGAAAAGAGCGUUCAUGGACAAAUACCUGCUCGGAAAAAGAUAUCCCGACUGAAUGAGACAGGUGAAUUAGUAACCGUUCCGGAGCCGCAAUCGUAUCACCUUCGUCCGAAUGAGAAACCCAACAACUUUCAACCAUUCUCGAACGACAGUCUCUUCUAUGUACAGGAUAAGGAUUUCCCCGCGAACGCAAUUAAUUCAACCGUUUGCGGAACGUCGAACGGCAAUAUGCUUAGCGCUGAACUAAACGAUGUGCAUCAGUUUCAAAUGCACCAGAACAGUGCCAACCUAUCCGACUAUGUUAUGGACAAUUUGGACAUUUUUCACAAUUGCGAUGCCCAGCACCAAGCCCAAAAUGAUUUUCCGUUCCACGAACAGGCACCUGACCAGCAGUGUUAUGCUGGGAAUGAUUUGGAUCACAAUAACUGGUCGAAUUUCAUGGGAACUGACGGGAAUUUUAAUGACAAAACCAGCAAGAUGCCGUUGAUCGAACUGAAUUCGAACGAAUACAUGCAGAUUCCGACGAUGAUGCAAUAUCAGAACCCUUGGCAUUCGGAUAGCACUCAAAUGGACAUAUCAGCCGCCCAAUCUUCGCAGAAGAUAACUUAUAACAACAUCGGCAACAUUCUCACCAAUUUGGAGCUGCUGGGAAACAAUUCCAAUUUCGAUGCCAGCAAUUUCGAAAUUAUCACAUCGAAUCGCGAGCAACAAUCCAAAGUGAUUCUGAACGAUGUAAAUCCGUCCACUUCGCAUCACAACGGCAUGUCAUACUUCAAUAUCCCAUCGGUUCAGCAGCCGAAUUUCAUUGAUCUGCAAGCCAAUAAUUUGCAAAGUCACACAAUCACCGACAUAUCAAACACGUACGUCACGGAAACGCAACGCAAUCAUUUGCAUCAGACGCGAUUUUUCCAGAAUCGGGACAUUCUCAAUGAAGAUAUAAACAAAAAUUGUACGGGGUCGUCGAACGAUGCAGUCGAUGCUAAUGCACAUCGGACAGCCAUUGUUUUUCCUUCAUUGACCGAUUAUUUGCCAAAUUCGUCGACACAUGGUUUUAACUAGAGUUGGUUAGUCUGAAUAUGGGAGCACAGUCUUUUGAAGAAUCGGUAUCGAGUGGCAUCAGCAACACGAAUGAGUGGAUCGACCUGAUGCAGCUGAUGAGAAACGACUUGGUUGAAGAAAAUAAAGUUUUUAGUGAAAA